UGUAACAGCACACUGGCACCGUCUCUGCACUAGUGUCGAGAAGUUAGCUGUCAACAAACUAAAGUAGUCAGUUUGGACUAUUUUCGUGAGCAGCGAGCAAAAUGCAUCGAUAGCAGGGAUUUAACGGAGCGAUGUUACAGAUUUUUUAAAGAGCGUUUUAAGCCGAAGAGGAAUUACCACCAAUUCUUAAUUGUGUUGUUCACUUACUAGCUUGGUGGCUAGUUAAGUUAGCUAGAAAGCUUCUUAAAUACUACUGGUCUAGCGGCCAGUUGAGCUCCACCAGCUCCGCCACAGUAUCUGUUACAGAGCAUCAGAACAAUCGUUUGGACAGUUUGGUGCCUCCUUAGGUUCCUGCCAUGGCUGACAGCAGCAUAGUGACUUUAGGGACAGCUCGGAGUCUGUUGGUGGAUUCUUCGGUCUAUGAUUCCAGGAUUGCUGAAACCACCAAGGAUCAUGUAUUUCUCGGCAUGGCAUGUGAAGAUGGGGAAGAUAUGCUGCCAAAAGUGGAGACCCGGAUUGUUCUGGUGGGAGAAGCAGGCGGAAAUGGAGAGUUGGUCAAAGCACUGCAGGACAUCAACACCCCCUUCAUAAUGACAGAUAGCGUCCAGGAUUUUGGGGACGGAGAGAACACUGAGUUCGAGACGGUGUUUGUUCUCGCAGACUUUGACUCUCCUGAGUACAACUACCUCUACAAACGUGAACACCGCAUUGUUGGGCCUCCUGUUGUGCUGUACUGUGCUGCGAAGGAUGAACCUCUCCAGUUUUCAUGCCGUCCUCUCUACUGCACCACCAUGCUAAACCUGUCACUGUGUUUCACUGGCUUCAGGAACAAAGAGGAGAUGAAAAACCUGGUGAAUCUGGUUCAUCACAUGGGUGGGACCAUCCGGAAAGACUUCAGCACAAAGGUCACUCACCUCAUUGCCUACUCCACUCGUGGAGAGAAAUACAGGCUGGCAGUAUGCAUGGGGACGCCCAUCCUCACUCCAUCAUGGAUUCUGAAGGCCUGGGAAAGAAGAGAUGAUGUAAAUUUCCACGCAGGCGACGAGGAGUUUCGCACUGAGUUCAAAGUGCCUCCGUUCCAGGACUGCAUUCUCAGUUUUUUGGGGUUUUCAGAGGAAGAGAAGGCCAACAUGGAGGAGAGGACUCUUAAACAUGGCGGCACUUACCUUGAGGUUGGGAAUGAAAAGUGUACCCACAUGGUUGUGGAGGAAAACUCGGUAAAGGACCUGCCGUUUUCUCCCUCCAAGAACCUCUUUGUGGUCAAACAAGAGUGGUUCUGGGGAAGCAUUCAGAUGGAUGCCCGAGCUGGAGAAUCCAUGUACCUCUAUGAGAAGAACGACAGCCCGGCUAUGAAGAAAGCCGUGUCCCUCCUGUCCCUCACCACCCCAAAUAGUAACCGUAAGCGUCGGCGUCUGAAGGACACAUUGGCUCAGCUCACCAAGGAAACAGAGAUUUCUCCCUUCCCUCCAUGUAAAAGACCAUCAGCAGAGCACUCACUGUCCAUUGGCUCUUUGCUUGAUAUCUCUAACACUCCUGAGACAUGCAAGGCAUUGGCAGCGGACAGACUAGGAGACAGUUUUGUGACCAGGAAUAGAAUAAGAAGGAAAACCAGGGAGAGGAGUAGGACAGACAGGGAGGAGAGAAGAAGGAGGUCCCACCUGAGAACAAAUGCCCGUCAGCAACCAGAGGAAGAGCAGCAGGGAGCUUAUGGAGAGAGUUCGAAGCCUUCCAAGAGUUCGACUCCGGUUCUUUCCAAGCAGUCAGCCAGGUGGCAGGUCUCCAAGGAGCUCUACCAAACUGAAAGCAACUAUGUAGACAUUUUAAGCACCAUCCUACAGCUUUUCAAGGUUCCUUUGGAAAAAGAGGGGCAGGUGGGUGGGCCCAUCCUGGCCCAAGAGGAGAUCAAGACCAUAUUUGGCAGCAUCCCAGACAUCUAUGAAGUUCACACCAGAAUAAAGAGCGACCUUGAGGAGCUCCUCACAGACUGGUCAGAAAGCAGAAGUGUUGGAAACAUCAUUCUAAAAUACUCAAAGGAGCUGGUGAAGGCCUAUCCCCCUUUUGUCAACUUUUUUGAAAUGAGCAAAGAGACCAUUGUUCGGUGUGAGAAACAAAAGCCACGCUUCCAUGCAUUUCUCAAGAUCAACCAGGCCAAGCCGGAGUGUGGCAGGCAGACACUGGUGGAGCUGCUCAUCAGGCCAGUACAGAGACUGCCCAGUGUGGCCCUUCUACUCAAUGACAUAAAGAAACAUACAUCAGAUGACAACCCAGACAAGAUAACGCUGGAGAAAGCAAUUGAGUCUCUGAAAGAAGUCAUGACUCACAUCAAUGAGGACAAGAGGAAGACUGAAGGCCAGAAGCAAAUCUUUGAUGUUGUUUAUGAAGUCGAUGGUUGUCCUGCCAACCUGCUGUCAUCCCACCGUAGCCUGGUUUACCGCGUAGAAACAAUCGCCCUGGGAGAUCAGCCAUGUGAUCGUGGAGAAAAUGUCACACUGUUCCUCUUCAAUGACUGCCUGGAGAUCGCACGGAAGCGACACAAGGUGAUCAAUACGUUCAAGAGUCCGCUGGGACAGACGAGACCGCCGCCCCCGCUGAAACACAUAGCACUGAUGCCGCUGUCUCAGAUCAGACGAGUGCUCGACUUGCAAGACACUGAAGAGUGUGUGAAUGCAUUUGCCUUGGUGGUUCGCCCUCCGACUGAACAGGAGAACUUGUUGUUCAGCUUCCAGCUGGCCGGAGAGGAAACGGUUAAAAGCGCCUGGCUGCGAACGCUUUGCCGCCAUGUAGCCAACACCAUCUGCAGGGCUGAUGCGGAGGACCUCAUUCAGUGUACAGACCCAGACUCACUGCAGGUCAGCACCAAGGAUAUGGACAGCACCUUGAGCAAAGCCUCCAGGGCCAUCAAGAAAACCUCUAAAAAGGUGACAAGAGCGUUUUCUUUUACCAAGACCCCAAAGCGUGUGAUCCAGAGGGCAUUCAUGGCCAGCAGUCCUUCAGAUGAGAGAAGUCAGAGGCUGAGCUGUGAAAACCGUGUCUGCAGCAGCUCCACGCUCGCUAUGCCUCGCUCUGCCUCAACGUUCAGUUUGACUGAUUCUACCAAAAGCAGUGCUGUGGUGCAGCGCUCUAACUCUCUGGACCACCCCCCUAUCAGAUCCAGGGUCCCUGUCUGUAUGCGUACCCCCUGCACGCCCCCCAAAAACCCCACCCAUAUCCCCGGCCCCAAAACCGCUCCUGAGUUGGGCCCAAACCUCUACCUUAAUGCUUGCUCUGUCACCAGAGAAUCUAAGCCCAUCUCUAAUGAUUCUUUACUUAAUCAGCCAGCUCAUUCCAGCCUCCCUGCUUCCCAGGAGUCCUCCUCUUUAAACCCCCCCACCUCGACUCCUGCUUCGGCUGUCCAAAACACGACUCAGCUCAACUCUAAACAUUCCCAGCCCAAAUCUGGCAAAGAUGUGUCCAGACCUCUGCCCUUUGUAGGAUUCCAGCCGAGGUCCCCAGCUCCUCAAACUGUUAAUGUCAAAAGUAGGGUCUUUCCUGAGUCAUGCAGAAAUCCUCAAGUUCCUACGGACCCACACAAGGCUCUCCUGACCAGUCCCCGCAAAGAGAGUCUGCUUUAAAUGACGCUGAGCUUCGUCCUGGAGUUUGACGCGCACCACUCCCCUUCCAUGGUCAAUCUGCCUUCCGUGUUUGAGAGGAAGUACCACACGUUCAGCCGUUCAACCACCCACCUCUUCUGAAAUGCUGCUGUUUCAGAGCACCAGCAGGGGGCACUCCUUGCCGUUUCCACCUCCUUUACCUUGACUGACACUAAGAGCAGGUCAAUAUGUAUAAUGUUAGAGGUACCUGUAAAAUAUGACAAACUUGUAUUUGUCCAAACUGGAGCUUCAGGUCUACACAGACGUUCCCAAUCCAGAUGAAAUGGUCUUUAGCCGGGAGACUACGCUGAAGUUGGGGACGUACUGAUAUUUGGCAGUAUCAGCAUCGUCCUGCAGCCGUCUGUGGCUUCCUGUGUGAAAUCUGCGCUGUGAUGGUGGCGAAGCAACUGUUCACAAUCUUUAUGAUUUAUCCAGUUAGUCAUUUUUGCUGAGAACUCACAGGAAGAGAGAACACCGUUCUUAACUGGGGGGGUGUAGUACGUCUACUCAAACUGACAAUGCCUGAUUUAAGACUGCAUCACUGGGGCCCAACUGGAAAUGGUACUGUGUUUGAUUCCCACGGCUUUGGUCAAGUUCAGCUUAAUUUAAAAAAAAAAAUGAAGGACAAAUUGAUGGUGUGUGUGUGUGUGUGUGUUACAGUUGCAGUGUUUGUGUGUUUCCCUAUUCAGUCUCCUGGUUGGUGUUGUUCGUGGUUCUAAGCACAGACGCAUCAUAUUUGUGCACAUCUGUUUUAAUCCCGUCCACACGUGUUGUUGGAUGUUUCGGCAAAUUAACAUUUGAUUUUCUGUUUAAACGGAUGAGCAUCAUUAACCUGUGUUGACCCCUGCUGUUAAUUAACCUACUUUAACUGACAUUUUUUUAUUGUUUUAUUGUAGUGGGGUAGGCUUCGUUUCACCUGAUGCAAUAAUAUUGUAAUUAACCCGUCUUGUUAAUGCAAACGUCUGAUAGUUUCCAGCUUUUAUAAAGCUUCUAUUUUAACAUCUGAGAGAUUCAGUUCUAAAGAUUACAGCCGUAUAUGUUCCUCUUCCCGGGACACGUGUCCUUUGUUUUAAAAGCCUUUUCCUGUAUCUGUAUAUUCAACAAGUGAUGCUGCAUCGGUGUACAUAUUUAUUCUUGACGACUGCUUUAGUACCUGUUUUUAUUUUUCUUUCUGAAUUACAUUUACUAUUUAUGUUUGUUCUCGUUUCUUUAACACUGAUUUCACUGAGCUUGUUUGUUUCUUUUAUCUCUACAUUAAAUGCACUUAAACAUAUAUGUAUUCGUUUCAUGAAAAUGUAGGAGGUGAUGGCCAAUUCUGCCAAGUCAUUU